AUGCAUACCGUGCCAUUCGUUCAUAUCUUGCAGUUUUCACAACUUGCGAAAGCCACUAUUGGUAUUGAAGGGGAUCCGGCCGCAUUUGCCGAAGUAUCAUUCAACGUCAAGGCCAAUGCGGAGCAAACGUGGAGCAAAAGAAUUACUUUGCGCCCUUUCUGCGUGUCUGAUGCGGCGGCACAAGUUCAAAUGGAAAGUGACACUCCCGGAAAUUCUAUCUCCCAUGUCGGCGCAACCCCAGAUGGAAAAAACCUCAAAGGAUGGACUUCACAGUGUUAUCCACUGGAAACCAUUCUGGAGGACGCUGGUCUCCUAAUUCCGACCUCCAAGAUGUUCAUCAAGAUUGAUGUAGAAGGCUACGAAUGCACAAUCUUUCCGGUUUUGGAGAACUUUCUGUCAAGAAUGGCAGUCAAACCCAUAAUUUACCUAUCAACACACGCUCAUUUUGUGAAAUGUACGGACGAGCAGUACCGCAAGAUGAAGGAAAUACUAUCGACUUACAAGGUCUGGGGCAAGGUGUUGGGAUCAGGCGCCGUAGCUCAAGGAGAAUUCCUCGCGGACGGUGGGGCGAUGCUGGCCACUGACACGUAUCUCUUUUGA